AUGGCAGCUCAGAAGAACAUCUCGUUGAUAGGUCCCAUUAUCUCAGUUUAUCAACUUAUGUUAUCUUUUCACUCCAAAUCAAAAUAUGUCACCAUUCUGACUGAAACAGACCUCAGAAAGAAAAUUACAGGAGCUGACAAUUUGGUGGAGUCUAUGACAAACCUUGUACCAUUAACUGCUAAGAUACCAAUCAAGAACGACCAGACCGUGGAAAGGUUUUUGGUGGAAAAUAAAGUUCUAAUACAAGAAUGUAUAUCAAUGUCUGCAUUUCCUUUUACAGCCAUUUGUGAUAUUCUUAAUAAAUCUGACCGCAAGAAUGUCAUGCGACAUAAGGUGGUUCAAAGGAUUCCAGAAGGAAAAACCGACAAGGUUAUAUCAGAGGGAAAAAUUAGAGAUAUUGGAAUGUUUCAUGAAACUUCAUUAGAAUGUCUCUUUGACGAACACAGAACUAUUUUGUAUCUUCAGCUGCAAGCAUCCACUGACACAUACUCUCAAACUGAUGCCAAUGCUAUAUUAGAAAACUUGGCAAAGGUCCUGAGACUCAUCAGUGGCAGGCCGGACAUCGGUAUCAAUCAACUAAGGAACCAUAUUCUUCAAAAUAAGGAAUUUAUUGAUCUUUUUGAUGCUAAAGAGUUAUGGAUGAAAACGAAAGAUGGUGUUGAAUAUAAAUUUAUAUUCAUGAAUGAUGAUCAUAUUGACGACUGGAUAGAACGAUUAGAACUAAUAUUAAACUUUCAAAUAUCGUACGUAUAA